ACCAGACUGUUUAAAAAUGGCAGCCUCCAUGUUCAGAGGACAUGGAAAGUUAUUACAUCAAGUCUGCCGAAAACACAAGAUUUUUUUGGAUGCAAAACGACGAACCUCAACAUCAUACAUUAUUCUGUUUCCUGAAUUGCCCCCAGAUACAGAGGACAGCAAUCCUGUGAUGAGAUGGAAGGAAUUUCCAGAUUUUCCCAAUAUAACCCAUGAAGGAAUUGUUAGGGCUGGUGCUAAACGAUCGAUAGAUUUUGAAGUACAACUAGAUAAACAUAUAACUCAGUUAGAGGAUGUACACUACCAGAAGACGUUUGAGUCUGUGUUUAACCGUAUUGAAGAAAUAUUGGUGCCCUUACAGUUUACAUGGUUUACCAGUAGACAGUGUAGUAGUGCUAUAUUUGAUGCACUCACCCAUACAGAGGAGGGAUUUAAAAGAGCCCACAACAGAUUAGAACGACAGUAUAUAAAGGCUUUACAUGAGAGAUUUAUAUCUACCAGUUUAGUAAAUGCUGUAAAGGAAGUGAAUGCUAAUAGUGAUAAUUUAAAUGAUGCCCAGAAAAGAUUAGUAGACUUUUAUUUAUAUAAUUUCAAAAUAAGUGGAUUUUUGAUGUCAACUAACGACAGAAGAAAAUAUUAUGAUAAAGUUAGUAGGAGGAACACACAUACUCAUAAUUUUGCGAAGAAAGUUAGAAUAUGUAUGGACUUAUUUGAACAUUAUGUAGAAGAUGUUAACAUUAUAGAACAGUUGCCUCAAUCACUGGUAUACAUGAUGGCAGAUUAUCCUGAUCAUUAUGAAAAAGGACCUUGGCAAGUUGAACUCUAUGAUCCUAUAUAUAGCCAUUUUAUGUCACACUGCCCAUGUCGCAUAACACGAUGGAAUAUAUGGUAUGCCAAAGUAAAUGUCUCAUCACAGUAUCAUUCUGAGCAAUUCCUUAAUAAUAAUGAGACAAUUUCAGAUGUAAGAGCUCAGAGAUGGGGUCUUGCUAACAAAUUAGGAUAUGCUAAUUUUGCCGACAUGAUCCAACACAGGUCCAUGGCAGGAGGUGUUAAUCAUGUGAUUGAAGUACUAGAAACAAUUAAGACAGUGGCCUACCCAUCAGCACAGCAAGAAUUAGCCACACUACAGGAUUAUGCUAACAACAGAGAAUUUUUUCAAGGAGAUUUGAAAGUCUGGGAUUAUGCAUAUUACAAAACUCAAAGAGAGAAGGAUAUCGUUGGAUUAAAUGCUGACGGAGUGAGAGAAUACUUUCCAGCACCAUUAGUUUUGAAGGGAUUACUGGAUUUAUGUUCCAAGCUGUUUCAUAUACAGUUUAAGGAAAAUAAAGAUGUUCCAGUGUGGCAUGAGGAUGUUUGGGCGUAUAAUAUCCUGGACAAAGAUGGUUCAUAUAUCAGCACUUUUUAUAUUGAUCCAUACAACAGAAAAGGCAAAAGAAAAACAGCAUGGAUGGAGCCAGGUCGACUGAGAAGCUUCAUAGGAACAACACCAUUUUCAUACAUGGGAUUAAACGUCAUACCCCCAUCCCAUCCUUCAGAGCCAGGCUACAUGACAUUUCAUGAUGUACAGGAAUUAUUCGAGAAUUUUGGGAAUGGAUUACAACAGAUGUUGACAACAGUACAAUAUUCAGAAUUAUCAGGACAGUAUAACAUUGAAGUUGAUGCUGUUUUCACUGUAGCUAAAUUAAUGAGAAGAUGGUUAACAAGACCAGAAGUCCUGAUGAGCAUCAGUUCCAAUCCUAUCACAGGAAAACCAAUGUCUGAAGAGAUGGCAAAAAAAAUAAUAGAAGGUGAAUCCUCACUUGAUGCUUACAACAUGUGUUAUGAUCUGUGUAAAAGUGCUUUUGAUAUGGAAUGCCAUGUUCACCCAUGGAUGACCCAUUGGUAUAAUAUUUUUGAUAAAUGUUGGAAUAAUUACAUGCCUACCCCAUUAGAAGGAGAUGACUUCCAGCCAAACUCUUACACAUUUUUGUUUGAUGAACAACUUCCAGCACAGUAUUAUUCUACAGUCUGGGGCGAGAUGUUGGCAGCUGAUAUAUUUGAAGCAUUCAAUGAAGUUGGAUUUGAAGAUGAUGUAAAAUUAGGUUUAGUUGGGAAAAGAUUCAGAGAAACAUUUUUAUCACUUGGAGGAAGUGUGUCAGGAAGGGAUGUUUUCAGAAAAUUUCGUGGCCGAGAUCCAUCCAUACAACCAAUACUGGAACAAUUCAAAAAGGGACAACUUGUUGAGCAGGAGAGUGCAACUAAUUAAGUUAAGAUUACAAUUACUGAAAGUUAUUCAAACAUUGUGAUCUGAAACAAGCUGUUACAAGUGGCAAUUUAACGGAAAUGUAUUCAACAUUGUCGUUAAACAUAAAUAACUUGUAUGAAAUCAUGUUACCAAAAUUUUCAUAAUUUUUUAUAGAAGAUGUAAAUUGUUAUUGUAAAUCUGUGUACAUAAUGUGAUUACUAUGUAGAAAGUUAGAAACAGUUAUUUAUUUCAAUGAGUAAAUUUAAGUUUUAUAUGAAACUUUCCACUGUCAUGAAUAAUCUGCACAAAGACUGUCCAACUGCUCUGAAUUAGGGGCAAUUUCCCCCAUUAGAGGUGUUGACCUCGUUCUUGAAAUCCUCCAUUAUAUGAACUGAAUAAUAAAAAAAGACAUACAAAGGAGUUCAAAAUUGCAUUUAAAAAAAUAUUUUUUUCUAUCAACACUAGAGUAUACUGAAAAUUCAGAAAUGUUUGGGGGGCCUCGGUGGCCGAGUGGUCUAAGUAGUUACUACUGUAAUCACUAGCCAGUCAACACUGAGGUUGUGAGUUCGAACCCCGCUCGUGCGGUUGCACUCGAUUUCAAUCUUAAUUGACUAGGAUUGUCAGUUUUCCUAUCGAAGGUCGGUGGUUUUCUCCGGGCACUCCGGCUUCCUCCACCAAUAAAAACUGGCCGCCACGAAAUAGCCCAAAAGUGGUGCUUUAAAGUGGCGUUAAAACACCAAAAAUCAAAAUCACAUCAGAAAUGUUUGUGGGCAUUACCUGUUAUUAUUUUGAUUGCUGAACAAUAGACAAAAGUGUGAGUUGAAUAAUUGCAAUUUGGGGAAAUGUAUACAAAUAAUGCUAUCAGAAUGAAAAUAUGAGUUUUUAUUUCAUGUGAAACCUGUUCUGUCGCAAAUGUGGCAAUAAUGAAAACAUGUCAAAAAUUUCUAAAAUUACAGUAUUACAUAAACAAGUCUUUUGACAUGUUAAGAGAUGCAAUAGGUCCUCUUGUGCUUAAAAUCCCCCAUGGAGAAUUUUGAAAAGUUGGCAGGUAUGUCAGACAGCACAUUAGAUGUAAGUUUGUGAUAUGAUACAUAUAUUUGUGUAAAAUGUAGUCUUUAAUCUGCUUCAUACAUAACUGUAUCAACCUUCUUCAGAAUCCUGUAGUCUAAUCUUCAUGCUUUAUGUUGUUUGUACAGAAAUUGUUAAGAUUUGCAGAAUACAAAACUGUAUUAUUUGUAUAGAAAGAAUUAAAUAUGUUUUUUAA